AUGACAUGGAUGGAUAGUGGUCAAUACGAAGGCGACAUGAUAUUAAAUUCAGAACAAAUGUCUGCGAUGAGAGGAGAAAUCACUAUGGAUUUGCAAAAAUAUAUUUGGCCUAACAACACUGUCCCGUAUGUCAUCACAUCUUGUUUUAAUCAAACAGAGAGAAAUAUAAUUCACGAAGCAGCCAGAAAGUUUGCUGAAGUUUCUUGCGUAACUGUCAGACCAAGGAGAAGAGGCGAAAAAAACUACGUCCUAAUAUCGGGCGAUAAAAAGGGAUGUAAUGCAGAGCUAGGUUUUAGAAAUAGAGUACAAUCAAUUCAUUUGGAAAGAACCGGUUGCGUAACUCAGAGUGUAGUUCAACACGAAUUUCUGCAUUCUUUAGGAUUUCAUCAUCAGCAUGCUGCUCAUAAUAGAGACGACUAUGUGUAUAUUUACAGAGAAAAUAUUAAAGACGAAUUUCAAUUUGCCUUCAAUAAGGAACCUGAAAGUAUGGAUCAAUCGUAUGGUACGACUUACGACUACCAAAGCAUCAUGCAUUAUCCCUCCUUUGCCUUUAGUAAAAAUAAAAAAAAUACUAUAGUUCGAAGGAAUGACAUGAAUACUGUUAUUGAGUACAAUUAUAUAAUGACAGAGUCUGAUAUAAGAAAAUUAAAUGCCAUGUAUUGCAGCGGGGAAAAUGAAUUGUGA